AUGCCAGCAGUCCUCAUCCUGCUGCGGUCCCUGGUUAUCAGGCUCCUUGGUAGCAGACUGGCAGGCUCAGUGGCACAGUUCCUCAGGAGGAGCCUCUCCGCAGGCGCUACCCACCUUGGAACGGCACUCCACUACGUCUACCGUAUUCGAUCCCAGGAGUCCAAAGAAGCCAUCCUGGGCUGCGUGUUGUGCAUUCUCAACAUGCACAAGAAGGUGGAGAACUGAGCGCUUUCUCAUCUGGCUAGGUGGACAAAGGCAGGAGGAGCAGAAGGA